CUCUUUAUUACUUUCAGUUUAAAUGCAGCCAUCCACAGAUACUACAGAAUAUUGUUCAAUUCACUAACGUAGUUCGUUGUAGGUAGGUAAUCUCCUCAUGUAAAAUGGGAAACGUUUUAAGAAGUAGAGAUAAACCGUUAAUAAAUGAAGAUUCCCCUCUUAUUGGUUCUAAGUUAAAAUCGAAAUUGAAAUGGUUCAAAUUACGGAACGUGGUGCUCUUCAUGACCCUUCUACUGUGCAUAUUAAUUGUUUUGUAUGUGGUUUUUAUGUUAUUCAAUACACCAAAGAAAAUAUCCACUCUGAGAUUAACUAGCGUGGCAACGAUCAACAAUGAUUAUUUCGAUAUAUGCUCACCACAAGUAACGUGUGACCCUAAAGCAAAAUACAGGACAGUCAAUGGAUCAUGCAAUAAUUUGCAAAAUCCUAAUUGGGGUGCAGCACUAACUCCUUUUUAUAGAUACAUGGAUCCGGUGUUUGGCGAUGGGAUCUCAACUUUCCGUGUACAAUCGGAUGGAAGUCCGUUGCCAAAUGCUCGAAACCUUACUCUAACGAUGUUCCAAGACACGCUUAGGAUUUGUGAUCAUCAAAACAACGAACUCUUGGUUCCAUGGGGCCAAUUCGUUACCCACGAUACGGCUUAUUCGCCAGUUCGUAGUGUCAAUUCAACUUUUCCUGCUGCCCUAGACCAUUGUCAAGACCAAAAUCCGCCAAAAGAGUGCGAAGCCGUCAUUCCAUUAUCUCCGGAUGAUCCAACGUACGGAAAAAAAAACAUGACUAUUUUAAAAUUCAUGCGUCUUGUAACUUCUCCAGCUUAUAAUUGUUCCUUAGUUCCUGAUACUGUUCUGAAUAAAAACACGCAUUAUAUCGACUCGUCAAAUGUGUAUGGUUCAGAUACUGAUUUGGCAAAUGAAUUGCGUCUGUUCAAUGGAGGACAAUUAAAAUACAAUACAAUUGAAAAACAAAAGUAUUGUCCUCAGGAUCCAAGUGACGUUGUAAAAAAAGGAAAUAAAACUGAAGUAACGAUAGCGUUUCUUGCAGGAGACGUAAAUGUUAACCAGAACUUAGGAAUAGCAUUAUUUCAAAAUUUAUUCCUAAGAUUCCAUAAUUAUAUUGCCAACCAGUUGCAAGUAGAACACCCUUCAUGGACGGAUGAGACUAUUUACCAAGAAACGCGUAGAAUCGUUGCAGCUGUAACUCAAAUUAUUACAUAUGACCAUUUUUUACCGAUAAUUUUGGGUGAAAAAUAUAUCAGUGAAUAUGGUUUAAAUGACGAAACAAAUUAUGAUCCAACAAUAAUAGCUUCUAUGGCACAAGAGAUGACCAGCGGUGCUUUUCGAUUACUUCACAAUAUAAUUCCUGCCCAAUUGAACUAUAUGUCCGAAAAUUACACUACGUAUGAAGUGGAAGAACCUUCCAAAUCGUUAUUAAGACCAAAUUCAUUGAUUGGUAACGUUGAUGGAUUAAUUAGGGGCUUAACAGAAACUCCCGGACGCGAACCUCGAGCAUCAUACAAUAACCUUAUUUCAAAUAUUCUUAUUGAAACUCCAACAAUCAAUACUACUGGAUUUGAUCUGCUGUCUUACGACAUACAACGCGGUCGUGAUGUCGGUCUCCCACCCUAUACUAAAAUGAGAAGUUUAUGCGGACUACCACAAGUAAAGUCAUUUGAUGAUUUAUCGGAUUACAUUCCAUCAGAAAAAAUUGACCAGUUAAAACAAUUCUAUUCAUCGGUUGACGAUAUUGAUUAUUACGUUGGAAUUUUAUUGGAAAAUAAAGUAAUCGGAUCUAUGUUUGGCCCUACUGGAAGUUGUGUUAUUGCUGAUAGUUUUUACAGAUUUAGAAAUGGCGACCGUUUCUUUUACGACGUAAAAGAUCAACCUGGAAGCUUCACUUCAGAUCAAAUAAAUUCGUUGAAGAAAAUUACGCUUAGUCAUAUAAUCUGUGUUACAUCAGAUAUAGAACGUAUUCAGACUGAUACAUUCAGGUUCAUUGAUCACAUACGAAUGAUGAAACUAAAGCCCAACUGUGAAACGUACACAAUAGACUUGACUGCAUGGUGAAUAAUUCCAAAACAUAUUUUCCUCAUAUGUACAGAUUUAAGCGAUUAUGUUAUUUUAAGAUCGGAACUUUGAGCUCACUGUGUGAAAACAAGGAAAAACAACUAGGUGCAGAUGAA